AUGAAUGUCAAUUUGAAUACCAAACAAGCACGAGCGUUCAAUAUAUACGAGUCCAGCGCAGGAUACUAUACAACGGGAAGGUCACUUAAAUAUAAAUUGAAUGACCCCGAGGCACUGGUAGAUCUGGACGGCCUGCCUCGUCUGAAAGACGGCGUCGAUAAGGAUAGAUACAAGACUCCGGUGGGUUAUAUUUCCAAAGGGCGAGCCAUUGCUCCCGACGAGCUUUUGCACGGUGUGUUCAAAGUAAGUCCCGAUGAUUUAAAGUACUUGACGCGAGAGGAAAUCAAGAAACACACUAGUGUUGAUCUUCCAUCGUCCGAGUUACUGAAAUCUCUGCAUUACUAUUUCGUUGAACGUAUCCAGAACGACAGAACUAUCCCUGAUAGCCAGAAGAACACGCUCUUCACACGCUUUUGUGACGGUUCUGCUUUGCUGGCAAUGGGUGUCCUGGUUGAAAAAUGGAUCGACGACCUUGUGGGACAGCAAAAGGAGAGCCACAAACAUUUCAUGGAGCUAGACGAGGUGGAAGACUUGACAGAUGUUUUGAAGCGGAAAAGACGUUUGGAUUACUAUCGAAGGAAGAGACUAAGAAGACAUCCUGAACCUGAUCUAAGUCGAUCGACGUGA